UCCUUGAAGGCAUCACCAGCGCUUGCGGAGACGUCGUGUUCUGAUGACGCAGUAAACUGUCGCCAGUCGUUGUUUACAUCAUGUUUCAUGUCGGUUCAGAUGUUUGUAGCUCAGUAAGAGGCGUUUUCUGGUAUAAAACGGGUUAAAUUUAAUUUUUAAUAAUUAUUUAUAACGGCUGUGAGAUGGAUUACUGCCGGGAGCAGGUGAAGUCGGACUGUGAGGAGCUGCUGGGCCGCUUUCAGACCACAGAGUCUGUCCGCUUCGAGAUUUUCUCCAAAAUAUGGAGAGAAAUGAACUUUUCACACAUCUUCUACGGCACAGUGAACCAUAAGAAGCGAGUGUUCAGCCGUCUGAUUCUGGACGUCGCCUGCUGCUACUUCCUGCCUCCGUUUAGCUUCCAGAUCAGAGUGGGAGGACUCUACCUGCUGUACAGCCUGUAUCAGACUCAGACCUCUUCACCCUCAGAGCAGAUCCGUUUGGCUCUGAAGGACUGGGAGGAUGUGAAGAAGUUUGAGAAGGACGCGGUGGACGCUCAGCACCUUGACGUUGUUUACAUCCUGCGACAGCUGAUGUUCCUCAAAGCUUUCAUGUUCACUGCCAUGCCCACUCUGCUUACCUACAAGAAGAAGAGGAAGGAGCAGAGGCUGCCGGAGUGUGAGGACUUCAUGGAGCGAGCGUCUCGUCCACAGGAGCUGAUCAACAUCGAGCUGCUGGAGGAACUGUCCAACAUUGAUGAGCUCUAUGGGAAGGUGAAGACUUCUGUUUCUGGGAUGUUAGAGCAGGGGGCUUCAUCCAUCAACCUGAUCCGUAAAGACCUGGUCCCUGAGCUGCGCAGCACUGUGGUGGAUUUCUACAAGUGGCAACAAAAGAGGAGAGGACCUGUUGAAGAAGAAGAAGAAGAAGAUGAAGACAGCGGUGAGGGAACGUCCUCUCAGCAGCAGUGCUCCAGAAGGGCCCAGCUCCUCGCCUCCAUCAAGUCGAAGGCGUAUGGCGAGGCAGCAGAGGCGUCCAGGUCCCGGCGCCAUCGGCAGGUGGAGGUGGACUUCGGGAGUAACGAGGCGGGACCCUCACAGCCGCAAGGGUCCUUGAAAACACAGAAACCGUCACUCAGAACCAGAACCAAUGAGAACCUACAUAUUUCAGGUGACUUGUGGAAAGAAGCCAAAACCACCACUAGCAUCGCUCGACUCACCACAGUGGACUUUGUUCCUGAAGAAAAACCAAAGACUCAAACACGAUUCAAGUGGUGAUAAAGAAGACGAGAACUGGAACUGCUGCUCACUAGACUGAUAUUGUUUUGUUAUUCUUAUGACUUUUAAAAAAGUAAUCUUAAAUAUUUGAAUUCCUCAUCAUAAAAAUGUGUUUUUCCUGUUGUUUUUUUUACAUUUUUAAAUGUUUUAUCUUUUAACUUAGUUUGAGUUUUGCAACGUCUGUAACUUAAACAAACGUGUCUGUUAAAGAAGAUAUCGCACUGUGUCUGUUCUUAAAAGCACUGUGUUGUAAACUGUGAACACUUAACACA